AUGUCCGACGCAGCCGCCAAGACCAACGCUACCGCCGAGGUGGGCGGAAUUGAAGAGUCUGUCACGGACAGCCAGCACGACGCUGCCAAGGUACCCGAGAAGGACGCUACCGAGGAACCCGCCGAUGAAGACGAGGACGAUGAGGAGGACGAAGACUUUGAGGAAGACGAGGACGACGACGAGGAAGGAGACUACGAAGAAGAGGAGGAGGAUGAAGACGACGCCGCCGUCGUAGAAGGUGAUGACGAAGAGGCCGACGAGGAAGAAGCACAAGAUGACAACGAAGAAGCAGCCGACGACGACGAGGAAGAGGAUGAAGAAGACGAAGACGGAGCAGGCCCAGGCAGCAAGAGGAAAGCCGACGACGAGGGAAACGACGAAGACAGCAAAGCUGCCAAGACCGACGAAUAA